UUCUGGGUUUUAUUUUUUCCCUGAUCAUUGGUGAAAACCCGGGUCUGCAUCUAGCUUUGGUGAUUAUGGGGUCGUGCGUUAGUACAAAACAUCUGAGUCAUUCACACCAUGAUAGGAAUGACAUCGGCAAGGUCUCAUCUGCAACAGAGCCUUUAGAUGGUGGGAUCCUACAAUCACCCAAACUGGACAUAUUUUGCUUGGAUGAACUAAAAAAAGCCACGAGUAACUUCAGUCAAAAUGUAGUGAUCGGUGAAUGUGGUUUCGGUUCUAUCUACAAAGGGUUGAUAGAACAGCAUUCAUUAAAGGCUGCUUCCCCUGAGACCGGUACACCUAUUUCUGUCUCGAUGCUUAACCGAAAAGGCAGCCAAGGUCAACAAGAAUGGUUGACAGAAAUCAAAUACCUAGGGCAACUUCAUCAUCCUAAUAUGGUGAAAUUGAUCGGUUACUGCUUAGAGAAUGACUAUCGGCUUCUGGUUUAUGAGUUUAUACCCAAUGGAAGCUUGGAGAAUCAUAUAUUUAUCGGAGAAGGGGAGUCUCAUAUUCAAGCACUAUCUUGGGAUCGCCGAAUGAAAGUUGCUCUUGGUGCUGCUGAGGCUCUAGCAUUUCUUCAUAAUAAGGUUCAUGUAAUACAUCGAGACAUCAAGACUUCUAGUAUCCUGCUUGACGAAAAUUAUAACGCCAAACUCUCCGGUUUUGGGUUGGCCAGAGAUGGUCCAGCAGGCAGUAAAAGCCAUAUUUCCACAAGGGCUGUGGGCACUGAUUAUACUGCACCUGAAUAUAUUAGAACAGGUCAUCUUAAUAAAAAGUGUGAUGUAUACAGUUUUGGGAUUGUUCUCCUCGAAAUGAUCUCUGGCAGGCGAGCUAUGCAGAGAUACCGGCUACCCGAACAUUUAGCUACUUGGGCAAGGGAUAUCCGUGGACGCAAGGACAUGUUUUCCCAAAUUGUAAAUCCUGCCAUUUUAGGCCAGCAUGCCACAAAGAAUGUGAUAAAAGUUACUAAACUUACAUUAAAAUGUGUUUCAGAGGAACCAGAGCUCAGGCCAGAUAUCGAAGAAGUCGUCAGAGUCUUGAAAGAAGUUCAGGACUUCCAUGGUAGAGAGAGAAGCAGAGGCUCUAAACAUUACAAUUUAAGCAAUAAUUCCACAGAUAACAAGGAAGUUUUUGAAUUCGAGUUUCGUCCACAUGGGCCAUCUUCUUCUCCUGUUUCUAUAUAAUAUCUGCAGAAAAAUGUGAUGCAUGCUUUAGUAUAUAAAGGGAUACAAGAAUCCAUUUGGAUCGGUGUACACUCGAAAUGAAUGUGAAUUUGAAUUCGUGUUUCAAGUGAACAUUAUGAACACGAAUGUUGAUCAUCUAUCAAAAAAACUAACAGGUAAAUCAGAUAUUCCAUUUCCUUGAGCUAUAUUGCACGGAAAUUUUCCAAA